UUUUUAUGCUUUGCUUUUCUGUGUUUCUACUUCAACUGCGCUAUGGUUGCUCAGCAUCUGCUAAAGCUCAAACUCCUCUUCUCCAGGAAAAACAAAAAAUCCGAAAGCUGCUCUCUUCUGGUACUCUUUCUUCCUCUUUAUCUCAUCUCAAGUUAUAAUUUCUGAUUCUUUUGCAGUAUGGAUUGUCAUCACAAUGACCAUCCACAACCUAAUCAACCACAUUCUUCCACCAAGAAAUCAAGACCCUUUUCAUUUUACAUAUCGUCAAUGUUAAUUCUCUUUUUAGCUAUCUCAUUUAGUCUCACCAAAACCAAUUACAUCAAAAUUCAGCACCUUAGGUCAAUCCUUUCAUCACAUCCUUCCUCUUUUCAGAAAAUUUUAGGGUUUCUUAAUGGAUUCCAAAAACCCAUCAAAACCCUUACAACAAAUCCCAAUUCUUUUCCCUCCCACUGUGUUUUAUGGAUGGCCCCCUUCCUUUCUGGUGGUGGGUAUAGCUCAGAAGCUUGGUCUUAUAUUUUAGCUCUUAAUGAACAUGUGAAAGAAUCAAGAUUUAGGUUAAAAAUUGAGCAACAUGGUGAUUUAGAAUCUUUAGAAUUCUGGGAGGGUUUGUCUAAUGAUGUCAAGCGCUUGGCGUUUAAGCUUCACAAAACAGAUUGCAGAAUGAAUGAAACUGUUGUCCUGUGUCAUAGUGAGCCUGGUGCUUGGUACCCACCAUUGUUUGAAACUUUUCCUUGUCCACCAACUGGUUAUAAAAAUUUCAUGCAUGUAAUUGGUAGAACCAUGUUUGAAACUGACAGAGUGAAUAUUGAACAUGUAAGGCGUUGCAAUCGCAUGUACAGUGUUUGGGUUCCUACUGAAUUUCAUGUUUCCACAUUCAUCCAAAGUGGGGUUGAUCCAUCCAAGGUUGUGAAAGUUGUUCAGCCUAUUGAUGUUGAGUUCUUUGAUCCACUUAAAUAUAAGCCCUUAGAUCUUGCCUCAAUAGCUAAUCUGGUUUUAGGUUCAAGAAACAUGGAUUCUAAUUCCAAGAAGGAAUUUGUUUUUUUGAGCGUGUUUAAAUGGGAGUAUAGGAAAGGAUGGGAUGUGUUACUUAAAGCCUACUUGAAAGAAUUUUCUGGGAUUGAUGGAGUUUCUCUGUAUCUAUUAACUAAUCCAUAUCACUCCGAAAGGGAUUUCGGGAACAAGAUUUUGGAGUUUGUGGAGGAUUCUGGUCUAGAAAAACCAGAUAAUGGUUGGGCUGCCAUUUAUGUGAUUGAUACUCACAUAGCUCAAAUUGAUCUGCCAAGAAUGUACAAGGCAGCCAAUGCAUUUGCUCUUCCAUCAAGAGGGGAAGGGUGGGGGAGGCCUAUUGUGGAGGCCAUGUCUAUGUCUUUGCCAGUUAUUGUAACGAAUUGGUCUGGGCCAACGGAGUAUCUGACCGAUGAGAAUAGCUAUCCGUUGACGGUGGAUGGGAUGAGUGAAGUUAUGGAAGGACCUUUCAUGGGGCAUCUCUGGGCUGAACCUUCUGUUGAUAAACUUCAACAUCUGAUGAGGCAUGUCAUGACUAAUGUUGAUGAAGCUAAGACCAGAGGAAGGAAUGCAAGAGAAGACAUGAUUAGAAGGUUUUCUCCUGAUGUUGUUGCAGGGAUUGUCAAUAACCAACUGCAAAAUAUACUUGAUAAGAUUGUCUGAAAGUUCUGUUUUUUUUCCUCCCUUUUUUUUGUUACGGUGAAUAUUAUUGUUAUGAAUAGGUGAUAUGCUGCAUUUGCAGCAGAGGUUAAUGUUCAUACAUACGGUUAUCAGAUGUCAAAAUAGGUAGCAUGAACUGAGUGGCUAAUACUUGGUUCCAGAUUA